AUGGUUGUCCCUAAGGCUAAAGUACCGGAUGUUCUACAGCUGUACGAUAGUGGUUGUUCAGGAGGCCACCUGGGAGUUAAACGAACUCUACUGAAAAUCCGAGAACGGUUUUACUGGGUCCACUGUCGUGACGAUGUCGAGGACUGGUGCCGCAAAUGUACAAGUUGUGCGGCUGUAAAGGGACCUCAAAUUCGUAGUAGAGGCGCAUUGAAAUUGUACAAUAUUGGCGCACCAUGGGAGAGGAUACCCAUUGACGUUGCGGGGCCGUUUCCGGAAAGUGAAAGUGGUAACAAGUAUUUCAUGGUUGUGAUGGAUUACUUCACUAAGUGGCCAGAAGUCUUCGCCAUUCCAAAUCAAGAAGCUUCAACAAUUGCAGAUAAACUAGUUCAUGAAGUCUUCUGUCGUUUUGGAGUACCUUUAGAGAUUCACAGCGAUCAAGGAAGGAAUUUCGAGUCUCAAAUAUUCCAGGAAACUUGCAGAGUUAUGGGUACUCAUAAAACACGAACAACUUCUUACCACCCACAAUCUGAUGGAAUGGUAGAACGAUUUAAUCAGACAUUGGAAAGGUACCUGGCAAAAGUUGUGGAAAAACGGCAACGAGACUGGGGCAGGCACAUACAACCGUUUUUGUUGUCAUAUCGAAGCGCUGUUCACGAAAGUACGUCAGUGACGCCAGCUUUCGCAAACUUUGGGAGAGAAUUACGGCUGCCUGCAGACCUGAUCACCGGAAUACCACCUGAUGCCCCACGCAGUAUAACCGAUUAUGCAAAUGACUUGCGGAACAAAAUGAAUAACAUUUAUGAGCACGUCAGACAGACGGGCCAGCAAACGUCUGAGAAGAUGAAAACACGGUAUGACCGCAAAAUGAACAACAAGGGGUUUGAUGAAGGUUCACUAGUGUGGUUACACAAUCCAGUUCGCAGUAAAGGGAGAUCUCCUAAGCUUCAAGCUAAAUGGGACGGACCGUACCGGAUUGUGACAAGGAUCAAUGAUGUAACCUACCGGAUACAGAAAGGUGCCAGAGGUACUCCUAAGAUUGUCCAUAUGGAUCGACUGGCGCGUUAUUAUGGGGCCAAUAAUGCUCGGGACGAGCAUGUCUUAGGAGGGGGCAGUGUUGCGCGCCACUAUUAA